UCGCAAAGAGUCAGACACGACUAAGCGACUGAAACGAAUUCAAAGCUUCCACCUUUCAGUUAUUGCUUCCCGCGAUAAACAAUACUUAGCAUCAAGAAUUUUCACAACUGGCGGUAGACUGGGAAGAAACAGACGCUAGAAAAGGACGCACAAACCCGUAACUUCUGAGAGAAAACGCUUCGCGUACGGUUUCAACGUUUAACAGAAAUAAGAUCCCUGCAUAGAGAAGGUAAGGCGGCCAACACGCCGUAAACACAGAAGUUGAACCACCCCCUCACUUCCGGAAUGAUCGGUGCAGCGGAUAUACGUCAUCGCGGGGAGCCAGGACUUCCGCCCUGCGCGACGCAUUAAAAGGCAUCCGGGAAGCUCCAUUUCCCGUGCGUUUACGCCUGAGCUUGAGUAGACUGGAGUUUUCGGAGGAAGUUUUUCUGGCUAUUAAAUCUUGCCUGCGCCGGCCCCUCACCUUGGUCGUCCGUUAAGAGUGCUAACGUUUGGGCCAGAGCGCUGGAGGAGACGGGGACUUGCCCCUCAGCGUCGCCAGUUUUGUCCGGUCCCGUUUUUCUUCCGCAAGGCCGUGUCAGUUUCUGGAAACUGCCCGUUUCGCCGGGGUCGGUUUUUCCUGGACAGCUGCGGGCUCUUAAUUUUCCGUCUUUCUGAGUAGAAGCUGAGAGGGCUCUUCCUGGGCCCCGGGCGGCUGUGCAGCCGGGCGGGGAAGACUUGGAGUGAGAAGCCGCCCGCGACGCCGAGGACACAGCUCCCUCAUGGGAGUCCAGGGGCUCUGGAAGCUGUUGGAGUGCUCCGGGCGGCAGAUCAGCCCGGAGACGCUGGAGGGGAAGAUCCUUGCCGUGGAUAUUAGCAUCUGGUUAAACCAGGCUCUUAAAGGAGUCCGCGAUCGCCACGGGAACUCGAUAGAAAACGCCCAUCUUCUCACUUUGUUCCACCGACUCUGCAAACUCUUAUUUUUCCGAAUUCGUCCUAUUUUUGUGUUUGAUGGGGAUGCGCCACUGUUGAAGAAACAGACAUUGGCUAAGAGAAGGCAUAAAAAGGACUUGGCCGCCAGUGACUCCAAAACAACUACAGAGAAGCUUUUGAAAACAUUUUUGAAAAGACAGGUUAUCAAAACUGCCUUAAAAAGCAAAAGGGAGGAAACCCUUCCCAGUCUUACUCAAGUUCAGAGAGAUGACAUCUAUGCUUUGCCACCUUUACAAGAGAGAGAGAAAAACAGUUCAGAAGAGGAGGAUGAAAAAGAAUGGCAAGAAAGGAUGAGUCAGAAACAGGCAUUACAGGAAGAGUUCUUUCACAAUCCUCAUGCAGUUGACAUUGAGUCUGAAGAUUUCAACAGCCUGCCCCUUGAAGUAAAGCAUGAAAUCUUGACUGAUAUGAAGGAAUUUACUAAGCGGAGAAGAACAUUAUUUGAAGCGAUGCCAGAGGAGUCUAAUGACUUUUCACAGUACCAGCUAAAAGGCUUGCUUAAAAAAAACUAUCUAAACCAACACAUAGAAAACGUCGAGAAGGAAAUGAAUCAACAACAUUCAGGGAAAAUCCAAAGGCAGUAUGAAGAUGAAGGAGGCUUUCUGAAGGAGGUGGAGUCCAGGAGAGUGGUCUCCGAGGACACGUCCCACUACAUCUUGAUAAAAGGUGUUCAAGUUAAGAAAGUCACAGAAGCGGAUUCAGAGUCCCUGCCUUCUUGCAGCGAAAAGCAUAGUGGGGCUUUAGACACGAAGUCACCUCCGUGUGAAACACUGAAGCCAAAGAAAGAACCCGACACCUCCCCUCCCUCCCCGAGAACCUUGCUGGCCAUGCAGGCUGCUCUGCUGGGCAGUAGCUCAGAAGAUGAGCUGGAGGGCAAGCAUCGCAGGCAGUGCGAUGUGAAGAGCCCACCAGCUCCCGCCUCUGAGGGUUCUGUGUCCCCGCUGACCCUCUUGGCCAUUCAGAGGGCUCUCGAUGACGACGAUGAAGAUCUGAAAGUGCAUGUGGGUGUGCAGACAGAGGGGGCGGGCAGGAGAAAACCAAGGCCGCUGGUGAGCAGUUCUGAUGAGGAAGCUGUGGAAGAACCUGAAGUGAGAGAUGGAGACCGAGAGCUGUUGACGGCAGCGCCUCGUGCUGCCAGUGUGACCCUCACAGAGGAGCAUGUGACCAAGACCAGUGAUGAAAAAGAGCAGACAGACUCAGCUCCUUUACUGCAGACUGUCUUUUGUCAAGGCAGCGAGUCUAGCUUUCCAAAAGAACAGACGCCAUCUAUGCACGCGUUGAAGGAACCCUUUCAGACCAGCGCUGAGUCUACAGCUCAGGAUGGAAAAGAUCUGGUGCCACACAGGGACGUGCCUGGGCUCCCGGGGGGACCAGAGCAGAUACCAACACCUCCGGCAAGUCCAAGUUCUGGGUCAAAGAGUGGGACAUACACCAGAGUGUCCGAGCCACAGCAGGCUCUUCCACCCGAGAGUAAGCAUGACACCUCUGUUCUAUCAAGUGAUGACGAAGCAGAAUCUGAAAAAAAUCCUGCCCCUGACAUCGUUGGCACCACCAGUUUGCAAGAAUCGAGUAACACCCUGAGUGUCGCUAUAGACACAGUAAGUGACUUAGGAAAUGAGGCACCUAUUAGUGCCCCAGAGCAUGAGAAUUUCUUGAAAACCAUCCAAGAACACGAGUCCGUUGAAUCUGCAGGCCAGGGUUUGAUUUUGGUGCCAGAGUCCACGGAACUAACGGAAGUAGACUCUGAAGACAGUGAAUCCGAUGGAAGUUUCAUUGAAGUGCAGAGUAUAAGUAGCAGUGAUGAACUUCGAGCCGAGUUACAGGAAGCUUCCAGACCUCCCUCUGGACAAGGUCAGGAGGAACCGACAGGAACUGAGAAGGAAGAAGCCACCAGUGACUCUGAGGGCCUCCCAAGAGAGAUUUCUGAGAGUGAGGCCGUGGCUAUUGAGAGACGCGAAGAGACUGAGAAAGAUGCAGAGGAUUCGCUCCACGAGUGGCAAGACAUCGAUCUGGACGAGCUGGAAGCUCUGGAGAGCAACCUCUUGACCCAGCAGAAUUCACUGAAAGCUCAAAAACAGCAGCAAGAGCGGGUGGCCGCUACUGUGACGGGGCAGAUGUUCUUGGAAAGCCAGGAACUGCUCCGCCUCUUCGGCAUCCCCUACAUCGAGGCUCCCAUGGAAGCAGAGGCUCAGUGCGCCAUCCUGGAUCUGACCGACCAGACUUCCGGAACCAUCACCGACGACAGUGAUAUUUGGCUAUUCGGCGCACGGCACGUCUACAAAAACUUCUUCAAUAAAAACAAGUUUGUAGAAUAUUACCAGUAUGUGGACUUUCACAACCAAUUAGGAUUGGACCGGAACAAAUUAAUAAAUUUGGCCUAUUUGCUUGGAAGUGAUUAUACAGAAGGAAUACCAACUGUGGGUUGUGUUACCGCCAUGGAAAUUCUCAACGAAUUCCCUGGACACGGCCUGGAACCACUCCAGAAAUUCUCAGAGUGGUGGCACGAAGCCCAGGAGAAUAAGAAGAUAAGGCCGAAUCCAUAUGACACCAAAGUGAAAAAAAAGUUGCGCAAGUUGCAACUCACGCCUGGCUUCCCUAACCCGGCCGUGGCGGACGCUUACCUCAAGCCUGUGGUGGACGAGUCCAAGGGGUCAUUUCUGUGGGGCAAACCCGACCUGGACAAGAUCAGAGAAUUUUGUCAGCGGUAUUUUGGCUGGAACAGGACGAAGACAGAUGAAUCUCUGUUUCCUGUAUUAAAGCAACUGAAUGUCCAUCAGACACAGCUCCGAAUUGAUUCUUUCUUUAGAUUAGCCCAACAGGAGAAACAGGAGGCCAAGGGUAUUAAGAGCCAGAGGCUUAACAGAGCUGUGACAUGUAUGCUGAGAAAAGAGAGAGAAGCAGCAGCCAGUGAGAUAGAAGCAGCUUCUGUUGCCAUGGAGAAAGAGUCUGAGUUCCUUGAUGAGGCGAAAGGAAAAACCCAGAAGAGAGGCACAGCAAAUAGAUGGGAAGAGCCAUCCAGCCCGAAAAGAAAGAGGCUUUUGGAUUCUAAAGGAGGGAACGAAAGUGGUGGGUUUUUGGGGGAGGCCUACCUCUCGCAGUCAUCCGAGGCCUCUUCAAGUGAGGAUGCGGAGUACUUCCCUGCGAUGGGCGUGCAAAGGAUGAAAGCACCCGGGGGGUCCAGAGCCCGCUCGUCAGAUGCACGGAGCACAGCACAGCCUGCUUCCCGGAGGGACGGCGGGACCACCACGAGCAGCUCCAGCGAGGACGACGAUGGAGGGAGGGCGAAGCCCGUCCUGGUGACCGCCAGGCCUGUGUUUGGGAAGAAAAAGAGGAGACGGAGAGGCACGAGAGGAAGGAAGUAGAAAACCUGCAUACCCACGCAGCCUCUGUGAUUGGGCACAGCUUAAUGUUUUGUGAUGAAUUUGCUGUGGGGAAAUAAUAAAAUUCACAGCAUUUGCACAGUC